UACGGUCCCCGAAAAGCUUAUGCCGCUACAAGCAAUCUCGGAAGUGCCACGAGAGGGACUCCUUUUUUGUCCCUGAAGGUGGCAAAGGAAACGAGGCCGCCUCCCUCGAUCUACUUUCUUAAAGUAGCCGGAUUCUCUAGGAGCCGCGGUUUUCAGCUAUCCGAGGUAGAAAGACUGAUGAUGGCUGUAACUUAAUCCUUGUCAAGGCCAGAGUAAUUCUGGAGCCCCAGCACCAUGGAGCACCUCAGGUCCGGAGGGCUGUGUGAAUCCAAACCAGACCAAUGUGGCUUAGCCAGGACUGUUCCUCGUGUUGCUAGCCCUUGUGCAACUGAUAAGUGCUCAUUCUCAGGUGAUGAUGCAGGAAACGGCAUGCCCACUGGUGCCUAGAUCUCUAAAGGGUGCUGUAGUUCCAAAGUCUGGCCCAGAAGAGAGAUGCCAGUUUUGGAAGCAAUGGCAACUUGUGGGCUGGCUCCUAAAAAGGCUGAGACUUCAGGCGGGGAGGGAAAUACAAGGGAAACCGAAACUUCUUGGAAAGGAAGCAGUGAGCAAGAUAAUGGUGGCUUGCACUUUACUGGCUACAGUGCCCCUGGUGAUGAAACUGGUUCUUGUAACUGUCUGGGAGAUACCUCUGAUCCUUCUGGAACUUAUUCAGAGAAGGGGCAUCAUUUGUGUGGCUUUGCUUGUCAGCAUCGGGCUUUGGACGCCAAGGAGAAGGAUGCAUCAAAGUUACUGCAAGGGGAAGAGGAAGAUAUCAAAGAUGACGUGACGUCAAAGGCCAAGGAGGAACUUCCUGACUAUACUAGGGCUCCUGGUGGAAGGAAGGUUGCUCGGCAGCAAAGGCACCGUUCUGCAGCAAAGGACAAGUGGGAAGGACGAUUUGCACUAUCUGGAGGGAAGCAGAGGCAAAGUAGGAAGAGGAGCGAUGGUGGGAGGUACCAUAUCCGAGCUGAGCUACUCAAGCACCUGGAGAGGUUGGCCUCUUUCUGCAUCUCUUGCUUCAAAUUAUUCAUCCACCUGAUUGUGCAGGUCACCCACAGGUGUGGUGAGGGUGUGGAAGCUGGUGGGAAGUUCCUCUACUCUUGCUGUUCCUUCAGCCAGUGUGAAAUAGACACCAUCCAGACCGGCAUGCAGGCUUGGAUCCAGUAUGCUAAGCUGGGUUAUAGGAAACUAAUGCGACAGCUAGGCUCCUGGGCAAGCCUGAUGUACCACCUGCUCAAGAUGCUUUGUGCUGUACUUUUUCUGGUCCUCAUGCUUAUCUUGGGUAGCCUGAGACUCUGUUGGCAGGUCUCCAAGUUAGCCCUGUUCAGCGUUGUGGGUAGGUUGGCUCACACCAGUCAUGGGGCCUGGCUUCUCUCAGCUCUUGACUUGCCCAAAGUUUGGGCUUUCUUCAAACAGAGCAGGACUUACACCUGGGUGGUAAGUCUGUUGCAUAAGUGGCAUGACCUCCUUUGGAUGCCUAAAGGACUAAGGACCAACCAGCCAGGGGAUGCUACUUUCAGUGGGUCUCCUGGUGAAUCUGGGCAGUAUCAACCUGGAGAAGUGGUGGCACGUUUGCUGGCUAUGGCACAUACCCCUGAAGAAGAGCUCAAUCCUUUCCAGGUGCUAGGUCUAGAAGCAACAGCAUCAGAUGCGGAGUUGAAGAGAGCUUAUCGGCAAUUGGCUGUACUGGUUCAUCCGGACAAGAAUAAGCAUCCACAGGCAGAGGAGGCGUUCAAGGUGCUACGGGCCGCCUGGGAUAUCGUCAGCAAUCCUGAGAGGAGGAAGGAAUAUGAAAUUAAACGCAUGGCAGAAACGGAGCUGUCCAAAUCAAUGAAUGAGUUCCUUUCCAAACUGCAGGAUGACCUGAAAGAAGCCAUGAACACGAUGAUGUGUAACAAGUGCCAGGGGAAGCACAAGAGGUUUGAGAUGGACCGUGAUCCAUUGAAUGCCCGCUACUGUGCGGAAUGUAGCAAGCUUCAUGCAGCGGAGGAGGGUGACUUCUGGGCUGAAUCUAGCAUGUUAGGGCUGAAAAUCACAUAUUUUGCCAUGAUGGAUGGAAAGGUUUAUGACAUCACAGAAUGGGCUGGCUGCCAGAAAGUGGCAAUCUCCCCAGAUACUCAUCGGGUUCCAUACCACAUAUCUUUUGGAUCAAGGGGCUCUGGAGGACGCCAGAGAACUGCGUCAGAUGGCAAUACUGCUUCAGCUGCAGAACUACAGGACUUUUUCAAUCGCAUCUUUCAAGGAAAUCCUGGACAGAUGCCGAAUGGGAAUCUUUUCAGCACACCCCAACCACCAUCCUCAGGGCCUGUGCCAACUCCUCCGCCAAAGGCAGACAAUGCUUCCCAGAAGGGCGAUUCAAAGCAAAAAAGGCGGAAAAAAGUGCGACGCCCCUUUCAGCGCUGAGGGCAUGACUGCGUGAAAUUCCCAGGCCUGCGUGGAUGUUGGGCCUUUCAUCAGGUAGCUAAAGGGCUGUUCCAAAAGGGAAAAAAAUGUGUUCUUGUAAGUGUCAAAAAUCCAGAUGAUUCAGGAACCUCUGGACUAAUCAAUAAUCCAGUCACUUCCAGCUGGAAAAGGACACUUCCUUCUUCACUGCAAAUGUUGACACAGAUCCCAUGAUACCAAAGAACUCCAGUGGAUGGCUUCCAGGAGGUGACAUAAUGACAGUGUGGGAUGGCCAGAUGCAGGUCAGUAGUACAGCAUCUACUGAGCCAUGGGAUCUCUUUAAGGUGACUUUCUCAGUGGGAUGCUUCCACAAUUGCCCAUCUUUCCCUUCAGCAAGGGUAUGACUAGAACCAGCAAGUAUUACCUGGUUGUUCAGCUUUUUCCACAAGAAUGGACUGGAACCUCAUCCGUUUAUUUUUAUUUUUACCUUUUUGUCCUGCAAUCAAAGGCUCUCCAGUUACCUUGAGGCUAAGAGAAAAGCCAAGCCCUCCAAGGUGGCUAGUUGCCCAGGAAAGAAUUUGGUUUGACUUGGGGAACUUUAUGAUGUAAAGAGAAGGUUUUUAUAUCCCUCUUUUCUCUACCUGGAGGAUAAAGUGGCUUACAGUCUCAU